CACAGUUUGAAAAUACCUUCAAUACUUCAAAAUCCAUCAAUGGGCCAAGAAAAACUGCCAAGGAUAGUUCCUCCUAUUCCAAAACACAUUCAAUUCAGAAGCAGAACACAUGUUGUGGAACCCAGUUCGAUCCGAAACGUUACAGCACAAGUAGGACAAACUGCGUAUCUUCACUGCAUCGUUGGAAGUCUCGGUGAUAGAACAGUGUCCUGGAUCAGACUCCGAGAUUUCCAUCUGCUUACAGUGGCACUAUAUACAUAUACAAGUGACGAUCGAUUUCAUCCUAUACAUAGGCAAUAUUCCAAUGAUUGGAUGUUACAAAUAAAGUUUUCUCAACCGAGUGACGAAGGACUUUAUGAAUGCCAAAUAAGUGCUGAUCCUUCCAUAAGUCAUUAUGUAUAUUUAAGUAUUGUAGUUCCAAAAGCAAAAAUCCCAGGAGCGACUGAUCUUUACGUGAAAGCGGGUAGUGACAUCAACUUGACUUGUAUUAUUAGUCAAAGUCCAGAACCUCCCUCUUUCGUUUUUUGGUAUCACGAUAAUAGAAUGAUCAAUUACGAUUCUUCUAAAGGAGAUACUACCGUACAAAAGGCUUCUGGUGAUACUGCCAUAAGUCGAUUAACUAUCAGGGAUGCUCAACCAGAAGAUUCUGGGAAUUAUACUUGUGGUCCUUCGAAUGCCGAUGCUACAAGUAUACUUGUCCAUGUCCUAAGAGGUACGAAAGAAAAUUUAAAGUUAGAAUUGAUAAACCUUAAUUUAUUUAUUUGUUCUUUUCUUUUUUUUUCCUUAUUCUUCUUUCUAGUUCCAAAAGCAAAAAUCCCAGGAGCGACUGAUCUUUACGUGAAAGCGGGUAGUGACAUCAACUUGACUUGUAUUAUUAGUCAAAGUCCAGAACCUCCCUCUUUCGUUUUUUGGUAUCACGAUAAUAGAAUGAUCAAUUACGAUUCUUCUAAAGGAGAUACUACCGUACAAAAGGCUUCUGGUGAUACUGCCAUAAGUCGAUUAACUAUCAGGGAUGCUCAACCAGAAGAUUCUGGGAAUUAUACUUGUGGUCCUUCGAAUGCCGAUGCUACAAGUAUACUUGUCCAUGUCCUAAGAGGAGAAAAACAAGCAGCAGUACAAAAUGAUGCCGGUUCACCCCCAAUAUCUGCAGCCAUGUGUUCUGGUAGCAGGCAUGUGGUACUAUUUCUUAUUUCUUUCAUUUUACUAUCAUUUUGGAGAUGACAGUGCAGAAGUUGGAUUCGUUGGGAGUGGCACAAUGCGAAGAAUCUUUCAGGGCAGGACUACUUAAAUGAUGAAGUAAAUAUUAUGUUUUUCUUACGCACAUUAUUUGCAUUUCCUCUCCCAUUCCAUUGGUUUAAAUCCGAAAUAGAAGAAUACUCAGGACAGGAGACACAACUCACCUAAUAAGGGAAUUGUGUUGUGAUGUGUCUUACCUGCCCCCCCUCAAAAAGAGAUUAUUAUGUAAAGUGGUACAACUUCACAUACCAAGUAUUACGUUGACGGUUAUUCGGGUUUUAAGUGAUAAACACGUCUCUGUACAUUGUAUAUGUGAAUACGUAACGGAAGCAGAAUUGCAUGAAGUUGCUUUUAUGUGUAUAUAGUUUUAUUCCAAAGAAGGAAAAAAAUAUACACAGCUAAUUAUAUCAAUGGAAAAAUAAUAAUAUUAAUAAAUAAUAUUAUUAUUAUAUAAAUAAAUAAAAUUAAGGUAAAAAAAACAUGCUUUAUCUCUCUCAGGAUAUUCAAUAUUGUACUGCUGUGUAUACAUUACAUAGUUCAGUCAGUACUCAGUAGAGAAUGAAAUAUCAAAUUCGAAAACGUGUGAAUUCGAAAAUUUCAUUUAUUACUAUUUUUUCAUUUUUUUUUUCUUUUUCUUUUUUUUUAAUAGAAAAUUCAACAUAUUGUCGUAAGGAAUGGAUCUGGCAUGAUUGGCAUAUUAAUGUUUUUUCCUCUUUAAAAUUGAAAUAUGAUAAAAAUACAAAAAUACACGCUGACAGAUUUACAAUAUAAAUAGUACUGUACUCUGAAUAUAUUUGUAAGAAACUGUUUGAAAGAAAAUUGUUUUGUACAUAUAGGUUUUAGUGUAUGAUCUGUAAAUAAGGAAAGUGUGUGAAAUAAACUAAGACAUAAAUGAGAUUCCUGAUUUUUGUAAUAACAAUUAUCAUAAAUUUAAAAAAAAAGAAAAAAAUAAGAUUUUUUUAUGUAGAAUUUAAAAAGAAAUAAUGGAAGUUAAACGUUUGUGAUUUAAAUAAUGUCUAUUAUUCUCAAGUAAUAUG